AUGGCUACUCAGACUGCCGAGAAGCCGGACAAGAUGGCUACCGUCACGAUGCCGCAAUUAAGUUCCGAUCCGCUUUCCGGCCCCAUCCCGGCCGCGUCCGAGCCUGCCCGGCCCGCUGCCGUUGAUGAUGUGGUCAUGGAAAUGCCCACUUGGCGCAAGUGGGUUACAUUGUUCGUCGUCUGCUGGAUGGCCCUGCCGGUUACUUUCUCCGGCAGCUCGAUCUUGACAGCGACGAAAGAGGUCGCUGCGGAUUUUGGUGUUUCAACGCAUGCAAUCAGCACGGCUAACGCCGGCGUUUUCAUCGCCAUGGCCCUGUCGGCUUUGAUCUGGCUACCAACCAGCAACAUCCUGGGCCGAAGGACCGCGUACCUGCUGGCAAACUCUCUGUUAAGUCUGUGCUCGAUAGGAUCUGCGCUGUCCAACAACUUGGCUUGUUUUACGGCCAUUUGGGUCAUUGGAGGAACCACGGGUCCGUUUUUCCUCGUUGCGGGACAGACUAUCUUGGCGGACAUCUUUGAGCCGGUAGGUCACAACGUCGAAUUCAAGAGACAAACGCUGACUUUUGCAGCACCUUUGACUGGCGGCGUCAUUGUUGCAUUCGCCAGUUGGAGGAUCAUCUAUGGCGUUCAAGCUGGAAUGACUUUCAUUGGCCUGAUCCUGGCGUAUUUCUUCGUCCCCAGAGCAAGUGAGCUCACGCACCUGAAAGUCCCCGAGAAGGCCCCUGUUCAUUCUGUCAGAGAGGUGAUGCAUGCAUUCAACCCCAUGGGUGUUUUGAGGGCUUUCAAAUACCCCAACAUUCUGGCAGCAAAUGUCACCUGCGGCUUGCUGGGCUUCAACCAGUAUGGUCUUCUUAGUUCCGUCCGACGCGUCAUCAACCCUCGUUUCGGCCUGACCUCACCCUUGAUCAGUGGCCUAUUCUACCUGGCACCAGGCGCCGGUUUCUUGUUGGGCAGUACUCUUGGAGGAAGACUCUCGGAUCACACCGUAAAGAGGUACAUCCGCAAGCGCAACGGACUUCGUCUGCCCCAGGACAGGUUGAGGGCCAGUCUGCCAGCAAUCUUUGUCAUCUUGCCUGUGGGUACGUUGUUGUAUGGCUGGAGUGUACAAAAGGAGGUUGGCGGCAUGCCACUACCUAUUAUCAGUUCCUUCGUGCAGGGUCUCGGACUCAUGUGGUCAUUUAGUGGUCUCAACACGUAUUCAGCCGAGGCUCUUCCGGAGCAUCGCACGGCUGUGAUCAGCGGCAAGUAUAUCAUUCAAUACAGUUUUGGAGCUGGUGCUGUUGGUGGUCUGGUCCCCAUGAUUGAUGCCAUCGGGGUUGGAUGGGCUUUUACUAUCACUGGACUCGGGGCUCUUUUAGGAGGCGUCCUAGUGUUGAUGAUUGCACUAUUUGCGUCAAAGGCACAAAACUGGGUGGAUAAGGUUGGAAGUGAAGAUGAUGAGUAA